GUUUCGUUGCAACUGUGGGAUACCGCUGGGCAAGAACGAUUUCGAAGUAUGGCACCGAUGUAUUACCGUGGAGCCUCUGCGGCCAUCAUUGUCUUUGAUUCCUCCAAAGAUUUUGCCUGGGACACAAUUAAGGCUUGGCGAAAGGACCUUCAGACGUAUGCCGAACCUGGUGUUGUGAUUGGUGUUGCUGGCAACAAGACGGAUAUGCCCCGAGCUCUCAGUUUCAACUUGGAAGAAUGCCGUGCUAUGUGCACAGAAUGGGACGCAUCUUUGCAUUUUACCUCCGCCCUUACGGGCGAGGGCGUAAAUGACUUGUUCUUGACGGUUGCAAAACGGAGUGCCUCUUUGGUUGCUGCACAGCAAAAAAAAGAGAACCCCAUCCAGCUAGUCUCCGAACCAAACCCCAAAACUCAGACAUGCUGUGCAUAA